AUGUCGUCCUCCGCCAGUGAUCACGUGACAAAUUUGAUUGAACAAAGCAUAAACCAUCCCUGGAAAGACUUAUUCAAGGCGGGAACGAUCCCUCAUCUUGCUCCAAGAAUGGUGUCUGGGAAAUUGGAAGGAAAUUUUCUUAAGACCCUCGUCAGUAUGAACAACGCCAAAAAGGUGUUAGAAGUUGGAUUAUUCACCGGAUGUGGUGCACUGACAAUGGCGGAAGCACUUCCAGCUGACGGCAGUGUAACAACGUGUGAAAUUGUUCCAUAUGUACAGAACCUUGCGCGAGAAUACAUGGACAAGUCUCCUCACGGAAAGAAAGUUACAAUAAAGGGAGGACCGGCUUUGGCGUCACUGGAAGAAAUGGCUGAAGCUGGAGAGAAGUUCGACAUCAUUUUCAUUGAUGCCGAUAAAUGCAACUAUCUCAACUACUACAAAUUAAUCAUGGACAGAGACAUGUUGACAGUCCGAGGGACGAUCAUUGUAGACAACAGCCUGUUCAUGGGCUUAAUUUUCUGUAAGGAUCACCCAUCAGCAGAGAUGAUCCAGAAUGGCCUGGACAUUCACGAGUUCAACGAAUUUGUGGCACAGGACGAACGUGUGUACAAAGUGGUGGUGCCAAUACGAGACGGAGUGACGAUGAUACGGCGACGCUCAGACGUGGAGGGAUCUGUCUAA